CAGCCCGGGGGAAAGUGGGUCAGAGAGCAAUCAGAUGCUCAGAAUAAAUUAAAAUCAACCAGUAAUAACUAGAACCGAGAGAGUGAACAAGCGCCCAUUGUAGUCAUCAAACAUUGAAUUUUCACCAUGAGAGAAAUUGUCCAUUUACAGACCGGCCAGUGCGGAAACCAGAUCGGUGCUAAGUUUUGGGAGGUGAUCUCAGACGAACACGGCAUCGACCCUACCGGGACUUACCACGGUGACUCAGACCUGCAGCUUGAGAGAAUCAAUGUUUACUACAACGAGGCGACUGGGGGAAAAUAUGUACCCAGAGCAGUCUUGGUUGACCUUGAGCCUGGCACAAUGGACUCUGUUCGAUCAGGUCCAUUCGGCCAGAUAUUUCGUCCAGACAACUUUGUGUUUGGUCAAAGUGGUGCUGGAAAUAACUGGGCCAAAGGUCACUACACAGAGGGUGCUGAAUUGGUGGACUCCGUGCUGGACGUUGUGCGGAAAGAGGCCGAGAGCUGCGACUGUCUACAGGGGUUCCAGCUGACACACUCUCUUGGGGGCGGGACAGGGUCAGGAAUGGGAACUCUCCUCAUCUCCAAAAUCCGAGAGGAAUACCCAGACAGAAUCAUGAACACAUUCUCCGUCGUCCCCUCACCAAAGGUAUCUGACACAGUAGUAGAACCAUACAAUGCAACACUCUCUGUUCAUCAAUUGGUAGAAAACACAGACGAGACCUACUGCAUUGAUAACGAGGCUUUGUAUGACAUUUGCUUCAGGACACUGAAACUCUCCACGCCGACCUACGGCGACCUGAAUCACCUGGUGUCCGCCACCAUGUCAGGGGUCACCACCUGUCUUAGAUUCCCCGGACAGUUAAACGCUGACCUCAGGAAACUGGCCGUUAACAUGGUUCCUUUCCCUCGUCUUCACUUCUUUAUGCCAGGGUUCGCUCCCCUUACAUCCCGAGGCAGUCAGCAAUACCGAGCCCUCUCCGUACCCGAGCUCACUCAACAGAUGUUCGAUUCCAAAAAUAUGAUGGCAGCCUGCGACCCCCGACAUGGCCGUUACCUCACAGUCGCUGCCAUCUUCCGGGGUCGCAUGUCCAUGAAGGAGGUUGAUGAGCAGAUGUUGAAUGUCCAGAACAAGAACAGCAGCUACUUCGUAGAGUGGAUCCCAAAUAAUGUCAAGACAGCCGUCUGCGACAUUCCUCCAAGGGGUCUCAAAAUGUCAGCCACUUUUAUCGGAAACAGCACCGCUAUUCAGGAACUCUUUAAGAGGAUCUCCGAGCAGUUCACCGCUAUGUUCCGUCGUAAGGCUUUCUUGCAUUGGUACACCGGCGAGGGAAUGGACGAGAUGGAAUUCACAGAGGCGGAAUCGAACAUGAACGACUUGGUGUCGGAAUAUCAGCAAUACCAGGAAGCCACUGCUGAUGAAGAGGCAGAAUUUGAUGAGGAGGAGGAGCCUGAGGAAGUUUGAAGAAAGAUUAAACAGAAGUAAACAAAUGGACCAAUUUCUCACCAGAAAGAAAGCUUUAUAAAGAAUUCUCAAUGACAUUAGUUUUCUAGUCAGUCUGUUCUGUUUUUCUGUGAUCUGCCCCGUCUUCCUUCUAUCGGCCAUUUUGUAAUUAUGUUUUGUUUACAUUUUGUUAAAAAGCUUAUAAUGAGUAAAUGUAAACUUUU